AUCCCAGCGGCCGCCGCGUCUCUCUCCGCAAUAACAAACACUUCGAGGUCGACUUCGUUCCCCGUUCCAACCAACAUGGCUCCCACACCCGCCAAGGAGACGGAGAGGCACUGCGUCCUGUGCUGCCAGGAGGUCGACAUCUUCGCCCUGGGGAAAUGCGACCACCCGGUCUGCUACCGCUGCUCCACCAAGAUGAGGGCGCUGUGCGAGCAGAAGUACUGCGCCGUGUGCCGCGAGGAGCUCGACAAGGUGGUGUUUGUGAAGAAGCUGGCGGCCUUCUCCUCUCUGCCCUUCCAGCAGUUCCAGUGUGAGAAGAAGCACGACAUCUACUUUGGAGACGAGAAGAUCUACGCUCAGUACAGGCAUCUGAUGUUGUCAGAGUGUGUCCGCUGUCCAGAGCCAAAGAAUUUCGCCAGGUUUGAGGAGCUGGAGCAGCACAUGAGGAAGCAGCACGAGCUCUUCUGCUGUAAGCUCUGCUCAAAGCAUCUCAGGAUAUUCUCCCAUGAACGGAAGUGGUACAACCGUAAGGAGCUGGCACGUCAUAGAGCACAUGGAGACCCAGACGACACCAGUCACCGAGGACACCCGCUCUGCAAGUUCUGCGAUGACCGAUACCUUGAUAAUGACGAGCUGCUGAAACACUUGCGCAGGGACCACUACUUCUGCCACUUCUGCGAUGCAGACGGUUCUCAGGAAUACUACAGUGAUUACCCGUACUUGAGCGAGCACUUCAGAGAUAGUCACUACCUGUGUGAGGAAGGUCGCUGUGCCUCAGAACAGUUCACCCAUGCAUUCCGCUCUGAGAUCGACUACAAGGCCCACAAGGCUUCAGCCCACAGCAAGAACCGGGCAGAGGCUCGACAGAACCGCCAGAUCGACCUGCAGUUCAACUACGCCCCGAGACAACAGCAACAGAGGAGAAAUGAAGGUGUGAUGACAGGAGAGGACUAUGAGGAGAUGCGUCACAAUCGAGGAGGAAGAGGAAGGCCUCAUGGGGGAGGGGCACAGAAGAGCUGGAGAUAUUCCCGAGAGGACGAGGACAGGCAGAUGGAAGCUGCCAUGAGGGCCUCCAUGGCGAUGAGUCGACAGGAGGAGAGAGGACCAGUGCAGGAGAGGAGCACUCCCAAACACUGCAGAGAGGAGAGGAUGGAGAGGACGGAGAGGAUGGAGAGGACGGAUAGGAUGGAGAGGACGGAUAGGAUGGAGAGGACGGAUAGGAUGGAGAGGACGGAGAGGACGGAUAGGAUGGAGAGGACGGAGAGGACGGAGAGGAUGGUGAGAAUGGAGAGAAUAGAACAGGAAGAGCCCAGAAACAGGAACGGACCCGUCAAACCAGCAAAUAAACCUCCAGUCAGAACAAUGAAGAGCGGUAAUCCAGGAGAAGAGGAUGACUUCCCAGUUUUGGGAGCCACAGCUGCAAUACCCAUUGUAAAGCCUGCUCCUGUAGUCGUUCCAGUCGCCCCUCCAGUUUUGAAGGAAGACGAUUUCCCGAGCCUGUCAUCUGUUGCUGUUACAUCCCUCAUGACCCCGGCUUACUCUGCACCACCAAGGAGGACGUCCAAUUUCCAAGAGGAGGAUUUUCCUGCUCUUGUGUCCAAAGUGCGUCCCCUCAGACCCACAGCAGGCACCAAGUCUGCUUGGUCCAGCAACGCGGCCGUAGCCAAACCCGUCGCCCAGCCUCCACCUUCCUCCAGACAACCGCCUCCCCUCUCAUCUGCUCCCUCUGGCCCUCAGCUCCUCUCCUCCUCAGCUUCGAUGGCUUCACGGAGGAAAAAGAAAGUAGGGGAGAACGGGAAGGCAGCACCUCCUCUGUCAGAUGAUGAGAGCGCAGGAUUGAAGCAGCAGGUGUACCGCUCAGUGCCAACCAUGUUGGAUAUCUCCUCUCUGCUCACCGUUAAGGGAGGCAGCAGCAGCAACAACAACAGCAGCAGCAGCAACAGCAAACCCCCCACCGUGACCCCCAGCCCUGCAAACCCAACCCCCAACCCUGAUGUCUUUACCUCCAAAGCCAGCAAGAAGAAAAAGCAGCAGAAGAACCCGGCUGCUCCCUCCUCGUCUGUGUCUUCGACUGUGACAACACCUGUAAAUACAAUCUCUGUGGAAACGGCUGCACAGAAGGAGAACGUCCCUGAGAAAAACCGCAACAAACAGCCUUCCAGCUCUGUGACAGCGGCAAUGAUGAGCGGCCUGACAAAUGGCCACAUUGAGAAAUCACCACCCAUUAGUAAGGAGCCACUAGCAGUGACCCCUCCUCUCCACACAGACCCUCCUUUAAAUCAAGAGGAGGAUUUUCCUGCUCUCAUGACAAAGAAACCUCCACCAGGCUUCAAGUCCUCCUUCCCGAUGAAGGCCUCAGCGCCGGCCUCCUCCUCCACAAUGCCCCCGCCUCCACCUGGUCUGGGACUCUCCAGCCCGAAGCCUCCACCAGGCUUCACUGGGAUCCCCCUCAACAGCAACGUGGUAGAGCCGGCUCCUUCUGCAGUCAACCUGCCGCCCAAGGUGUCAAGCAGUGGUUACCUAGUGCCAGAAGACUUCCACCAGAGAAAUCUGGAGCUGAUCCAGUCCAUUAGGAUGUACCUCCAUGACGAUGAGACAAAGUUCAACCAGUUUAAAACCCACUCUGCACAGUUCAGACAAGGUGUGGUAUCAGGAGCUCAGUAUCACUGCAGCUGUAAGGACCUGCUCGGAGAAGACUUCAACCGCAUCUUCAACGAGCUGCUGGUGCUCCUUCCGGACACCGGCAAGCAGCAGGAGCUGCUGAGUGCCCACGCAGACUGCAAGGCCCUGGAGAAGCAGCCGGGGAGUGGGGGAGGAAAGAAGAACAAGAACAAGAAGAACGCCUGGCAGAUGCCAACCAGUGGGGCCAACAUAGCAGCUGAGAUGGAUUGUCAGGUGUGCCCCACUUGCAGACAGGUGCUGGCCCGCAAAGACUUCAACUCCCACAAGACCCUGCACAUCCGGGACACUGAGGAGUUUCCUUCCUUGCAGUCCAUCAGCCGCAUCAUUAGCUAGCCCCUCCUCUGCUCCGGUUGCCAUCACGGGUGUGUUUUCAGUGGCCCCCGUCGCCCUGUCAAAGCCCUGCAGAAGCCAGUAUGUAAAACAGGCGCCUGUUUCCUGCGUGAGGACGUCUCAGAGGAGCUCGGGGUCUAUAUCUCAUAGUGAAGCUGAAUUAAAGAAGGUUGAUGGUGUUUUUACUUUCUGAUGAGGGUUAUAUUGAUCGGUUUGCGUGAAUGGUUUCACAGUGUCACUGGGUUGCUCCGGCUCAGCUUCUCCUUCAGCUCGCAUCCGUUGAGGACGUCUCUGGCUGCCACCGGCUUUGUAUAACCACAACCAUCGUUUUAUUUAAUGAGAGACGAGCUAAGGCUUUACUUGAAGAAUGUUCUGCUUCCCAAGACAAACUUGUAUUGAGUUACAUUUUGUACCUUCAUUCGUUGUGCUUUCACACAGAUAACAAAAGAAUCUGAUGUUAUGUCAAAAUCAGGUAAUAUUUCUGUAUAAUUCCCCAGAGGGGCUGUUUGUUUAAAAAGCAAAAUAAACAAACGUCUUCAGUUCAACAUUUUUAGCUACAAACUUAUUUAACUUUAGCUGUUUAAUCGCUUUUUAAUGUCGGCUGGUUCAAAGAGAGGAAAGUGUUUGAGUGACUAGGUGGUUCCCUGUCAGAGGCGAGGGAGGGAGGGAGGGAGGGAGGAAGAAAGAUUAAUUAGAACAAAUGAUGGUUCACGGUUUAAAUUUUGUAUGAUUUUUGUGUACAAUUUUCAUUUAUUCUGUUCACGUCACUCACCAGUGGAUCUGGUUUCUUAGUUGACUUACGGACUGAUCAAUCGGAAGAAGUGGUGUUGCACAAAUUUUCAAAUGGAAACUAAAGAAUCCUAAACAAUGAA